CGCUGUGUGUACGGGAGGGAUCAUGAAGUGUCUCGUUGCCCUUUUGGUCUGUGCGGUGUUCGCAGAGGGGAUCGUCAAGAUCCCUCUGACGAAGCAGAAGUCUAUGCGUGAGGCCCUGAGAGAGAGAGGCAUCGAGCUGCCCUACCAGGAUCCUGCUCUCAAGUACCGGACCACUGAGCUGACCUCUGCCAACAUGUACAUCAACAACUACGCUGAUACCACCUACUACGGAGCCAUCAGCAUCGGAACACCCCCCCAGUCCUUCCAGGUGCUGUUUGACACCGGCUCUGCCAACCUGUGGGUGGACUCCAUCUACUGCAACACUCAGGCCUGCAACACACACACAAAGUUCAACCCCCAGCAGUCGUCCACCUUCAGUGCCAAGGGACAGUCCUUCUACCUGCCCUACGGAGCUGGAAGCCUCUACGGAACCUUUGGAUAUGACACUGUCAAUGUUGGAGGCAUUGUGAUCACUAACCAGGAGAUCGGUCUGAGCACAAACGAGCCCGGUGAGAACUUUGUGGUGGCCAAGUUUGACGGCAUCCUCGGCCUGUCCUACCCGAGCAUCUCAGCCGGAGGAGAGACUCCGGUCAUGGACAACAUGAUUUCUCAAAACCUGCUCGACUCCAACAUCUUCGCUUUCUACCUCUCCAGGGAGGGGCAGCAGGGCAGUGUGCUGUCCUUCGGAGACGUGGACAGCAGCCUGUACCAGGGCCAGAUCUACUGGACUCCUGUCACCGCUGAGACCUACUGGCAGAUUGGCAUUGAAGGGUUCCAGAUCAACGGUCGGGAGACCGGCUGGUGCUCUCAGGGCUGCCAGUCCAUUGUGGACACCGGAACCUCCACGCUGACAGCUCCAAGCCAGAUUCUGGGUUAUCUCAUGCAGGCCAUUGGAGCCCAGCAGAGCCAGUAUGGAGUGUAUAUGGUGGACUGCAGCCAGGUCAACAACCUGCCAACUCUCAGCUUUGUUAUCAGCGGCGUUGCGCUCCCUCUGCCUCCUUCUGCUUACAUCACGCAGCACUACCAGAAUGGAUACCAGUACUGCUCAGUGGCCAUCACCCCCACCUACCUGCCCUCUCAGAACGGCCAGCCCCUGUGGAUCUUUGGAGACGUCUUCCUCAGGGAGUACUACUCCGUCUAUGAUCGCACCAACAACCGCGUCGGCUUUGCCACAGCUGCCUAGGCGUCAUCAGUGUGACCUGAGCUGACCAUAAACCUCAUCAGGUGAUGACGAUUACGUCCACCUGAGGUUUUUGGUUCAUCUCGAGCAUCUGUUCAGGGAUUAGUCUGAACAGGCAGUUUCAACAACAUGGCUUUUAAUCAACAUGUUUGUCACUGUAAAUUGCAGUACAUAAUCGUGUUGUCAAAUUGGCAUCAUCCUCAAGAACAAUAAAGAUGAAAAUGAA